CAAAUAAGGGAACCUGGACGCGGUGCGGCAAAAUGAAUAAAACCUACAACUCCCAGUGUUCCCAGGGUCUGAAACGCGCUCCCUUCUGGGGCUUGUAGUACGUGGAUUACGGAUGUAGGUAGACAGUAAGAAACCAAGGACCAAGGGGGCCUGGCUGCCUUUAAGACUCUGCCUCACUAAUCGAUGUUUCCUCAAUCCCGGCAUCGGUAGUUGAUGUGUGCGGGCUGGACGCCGGUGGGAAGGGAACCUCGUGGUGUGCUCUGAGGAAGCAGGAGGAAGGGAGCCGGAGCCCAGCUUCCACUGCGCCGGCGGCGUCCUCGUCUGCCUGGAGCUGCCCGACCGUCCGCGCGCACGUCUUCCCGGAGAGGUCUCGCGUGCCCCUUCAGCCAUGGCACAGCUCCAGGCACGUUUCUACACCGAGGACAAGGAAUAUGCUGUGGAUGAUGUUCCUUUUUCAAUCCCUGCCACCUCUGAAGUUGCUGACCUUAGUAACAUCAUCAAUAAAUUACUGGAGACCAAAAAUGAGCUCCACAAACAUGUCGAGUUCGAUUUCCUCAUCAAGGGCCAGUUUCUUCGAAUGCCCUUGGUCAAACACAUGGAGCUGGAGAACAUUUCAUCGGAAGAGGUUGUGGAAAUAGAAUACGUGGAAAAAUACACCGCGCCCCAGCCAGAGCAGUGCCUGUUCCAUGACGACUGGAUCAGCUCAGUUAAAGGGGCAGAAGAAUGGAUCCUAUCUGGUUCUUAUGAUAAGACUUCUCGGAUCUGGUCAUUGGAAGGAAAGUCAAUAAUGACAAUUGCGGGACAUACAGAUGUUGUGAAAGAUGUGGCUUGGGUGAAAAAAGAUGGUUUGUCCUGUUUACUACUGAGUGCCUCAAUGGAUCAGACCAUUCUCUUAUGGGAAUGGAAUAUAGAGAGGAACAAAGUAAAAGCCCUACACUGCUGCAGAGGGCAUGCUGGGAGUGUGGAUUCUAUAGCAGUCGAUAGCUCGGGAACUAAAUUUUGCAGUGGCUCCUGGGAUAAGAUGCUGAAGAUCUGGUCUACAGUCCCUACAGAUGAAGAAGAUGAAGUGGAAGAAUCCACAAAUCGACCAAGAAAGAAGCAAAAAACAGAGCAAUUGGGACUAACAAGAACGCCCUUGGUGACUCUCUCUGGCCACACAGAAGCAAUUUCCUCAGUACUGUGGUCAGAUGCUGAAGAAAUCUGCAGCGCAUCUUGGGAUCACACAAUUAGAGUGUGGGAUGUUGAAUCUGGUGGUCUUAAGUCAACUCUGACGGGAAAUAAAGUGUUUAAUUGUAUUUCCUAUUCUCCCCUUUGUAAACGUCUGGCAUCUGGAAGCACAGAUAGGCACAUUAGGCUGUGGGAUCCCCGAACUAAAGAUGGUUCUUUGGUGUCACUGUCCCUCACCUCACAUACAGGCUGGGUAACAUCAGUCAAGUGGUCUCCCACCCAUGAACAGCAGCUGAUCUCAGGCUCUUUAGAUAACAUUGUCAAGCUGUGGGACACAAGAAGUUGUAAAGCUCCUUUGUACGAUCUAGCUGCUCAUGAAGAUAAAGUUCUAAGUGUGGACUGGACCGACACAGGGCUACUUCUGAGUGGAGGAGCAGACAAUAAAUUAUAUUCCUACAGAUAUUCCCCUACCUCUUCCCAUGUAGGGGCUUGAAAAUGACUGAUAAAAGAGACUUUCUUGUCCUGUUUUGUUUGGUUUUUUAGUGUCUCACUGUUGCGUCAUGAACUCUGUGAAUGAAAUUGGGCUCUCUUGGUGGAGUGCUUGCCUAAAAUGUGCAAAGCCUGUGCGUGUACUAUCUCUAACACUGUGCAAAAAAAUGGCCAUGGUAAUUCAUUCCUGUAAUGCCAGGUUGAAAACAAGAGAAUCAGAAGUUCAAGGUCUUCCUUGCCUGUAUAGUGAACUUCACAGGUAGCCAGCCAGAGUCUCAAGAAGAAAGAAUUCAAUGAGCCAGGUGUGGUGGUGCACACUUUUAAUCUCAGCAGAGGCAGGAGGAUCUCUCUGAGUUUGAGGCCAGCCUGGUCUACAAAGCAAGUCCAGGACAGCCAAGGCUACAGGAGAAGCCCUGUCUCAGAGGGGAAAAAAAAAAAAAAAACAAAA